CCUUCAGUCUGGAGUUGCUCGUGUCUGUUGGACGCUAACAAGAUAUCGACUGUGGGGAUCGCAUUGGCCUACUGGAUUUUGACUAGCGCCUCUCUGAUAGAGACGACAUAUCUCGGACCGCCCUGCUCAAAGCGAUUCGGGCAGUCGGACCUGUGCACAUGGACAAGAUAUGCGCUUUCCCUCCUGAUUGGAUGAGUCUGGUAUGAAUGUCCAACAGCAUAUAACACCUGGACAUUCAUUUCAUCUGCAACAUAUCCCUAGGCAGAUUGUGCUUUGCAUGAAGCUACGCUCAUUAGGACGCGAACAUAACCAGUGCUCCACACCUACCUCCAUCUUUUCCGGGCAAUCAGUUGAUCAUUCACCUUAUAUAUAGCCAUUAAACACCAUUCAACUUUCCGUACUCGAAGCAUCCCCAACAUGGAAGAGAAAGUCGACACCGACGUUCAACAACGAUCCUCAUCCUCGAUCCGACGUGGAGAGGUGACUUAUAACAAUCUCAAACCGUUCACGACGUUAUCCGCACUAGGAAUCGGCUAUGGAACUACAAACACUGCCGUGGGAAUUCUGCUAGUCCUUGGUAGCACAAUACCCAUGGGUGGUUCUCCACUUGUCUUCUGGGGCUUCUUGCUGAUGGCAGUGGUUGGUUUGGCGACAGCGACGACAUUGGGAGAGCUCGCUUCGGCCUAUCCCCAUCCAGGUGGUCAGUACAUCUGGGUCAACCAGUUGGCUCCAGCCGGUUCUCGACGGGCGAUGUCGUAUACCACUGCGAUGAUCAGCUGGCUGGCUGCCGUAGUGACGGGAUCAUCUGCUUGUCUGUCGGUCCCGGUUGGUAUCAUUUCCAUCAUCUCCCUCUUGGAUCCCACCUUUGUACCUAAGAGAUGGAUGGCAUUUAUCGGCUACCAGCUGCUCAAUCUCUUGACGCUCUUCCUGGCCACUUUCGAACACGCGUUACCAAACAUCUCGAAGAUUCUCCUUCUCUUCAGCUGCCUGACGAUUGCGACCAUCUUCGUCACUCUGUUCGCCAUGUCGGACGUCCAUCCCACGGCUAAGGAUUUCUUCACGACAGUCACAAACGUGUCCGGAUGGAAUAACGGUGUCGCCUUCAUCAUUGGAAUGAACGGAGCCAACUGGAGCUUCUCUUGCCUCGAUGUAGCCACCCAUCUUGCGGAAGAGAUCCCCAACCCCGCGAGAAACAUCCCCAAAGCCCUCAUGUGGACCAUCAUUAUCGGCUUCGUCUCAGGCCUUCUCGUCAUCAUGGCCGUGAUGCUGAACAUCCAAACCAUCGACGGCGAAGGAAACAACACCGCAAUCAGCCUCUUCUACCAAAUCACCAACAGCAAGGCUGCCGCCGUCGGCAUCUGGAUCCCCGUCGUCAUCACCACCGCCGGCGCCGUCUGGUCCAUCCAAACCUGGCAAUCCCGCCUCGCCUGGACCAUCAGCCGCGAGCAGGGAUUCCCUCUCCACCGAUACCUCAGCAAGCUCGCCCCGGAGCCCUUCCACACCCCCGUGUACUCGAUGAUCAUGUCGAGCGCAUUCACCGCCCUCGCCGGCUGCCUCUACCUCGGCUCCGAACUCGCCUUCAACUCCCUCAUCUCCGUCGGCUUGUUGUUGCAGUACAUCAGCUACAGCAUCCCCACCAUUCUCAUGCUCGUUCAAGGUCGCUCGAACUUCGCGCAUGGCCCGUUCUGGUACCCUAAGCUUGGUCUGCUGGCGAAUAUUGUGAUGCUGUCGUGGACGGCAAUCGCGAUCGUGUUUUACUGCCUGCCGUACUAUAUUCCUGUCGUCGCGGUGCAGAUGAACUACGCGUCGCCUGUGCUUGUCGCUGUGGCGGUUUUGAUUCUCAGUUUGUGGUUCAUUUAUGCGAAGAGAAAUUAUGAGGUCAAGGAGAUUCUGGAUUAGUGAAUUAGGGAAUUCAAUAAUCCACGGGCGGGCGUGAAUAGUAUAUUUACUACAAUAGCUUAAUCCACUUU